AUGCAAAGAAAUUUACUAGUGCCAUUUACAAGAACAAGGUUCUUACAACAAAGCAAAAUACUAGUUCCUCGAGCCAUAUCGAGAUUCCAUUACUCAACAACGAAUGACGUUGAUUACAAAUCUUCUUUAUCAGAACAAGAAUUAGAUAUUUAUAACAAACUGUCCACACAGUUGGAUCCAGUUCAAUUAAAAGUUAAAGAUAUCUCAGGAGGAUGUGGUUCCAUGUUUGCCAUUCAUAUCUCUAGUAAUCAAUUCAACAAUUUAUCAAUCAUUAAACAACAUCAAUUAGUGAAUUCCAUAUUGAAAGAUGAUAUUAAAAAUUGGCAUGGGUUGCAACUGACUACCAAAAAAACCACUUCUAUAUGA